AAUAUAUAAAAUGAGAAGGAGGCAUUUAUCUGAGUAUGAUGACAUUGAGGACUUCCUACGAAGUCACAGCAAUUUAGUGCCCAUCAAAUACUCUUACUCUGACAUAAGAAGAAUGACAAAAAAUUUCAAGCAUAAGUUAGGAGAAGGGGGUUAUGGUUCUGUAUAUAAAGGAAAGCUUCGAAGCAAGCGUGAUGCGGCUGUUAAGCUAUUAGGCAAGUCAACAACGGAUGGGCAUGAUUUCAUCAAUGAAGUUUCCACCAUUGGAACUAUUCGUCAUGUAAAUGUGGUGCAACUGAUAGGAUUUUGUGCAGAGAGAAGAAAGCAAGCUCUUGUUUAUGAGUUCAUGCCAAACGGAUCUUUAGAUAAAUACAUACUUUCUGAGCAUGAAAAAUCAUCAAUAAAUUAUGAGAAGAUCAAUGAGAUUUCUUUAGGGGUGGCUCGUGGGAUUGAGUACCUACAUCAAGGUUGCGACAAGCAAAUCCUACACUUUGAUAUCAAACCUCACAAUAUUCUUCUUGAUGAGAAUUUUUCUCCCAAGAUUUCAGACUUUGGAUUGGCAAAACUAUAUCCAACAGAUAAAAGUAUUGUGUCUCUAACUGCAGCUAGAGGCACAAUGGGAUACAUGGCUCCUGAAUUGCUGUAUAAAAACAUUGGAGGCAUCUCACACAAGGCUGAUGUUUAUAGUUUUGGGAUGAUGCUGAUGGAAAUGGCAGGAAGAAGAAAGAACUAUGAUGUUGUGCAGAAUUCGUGGCAGACUUACUUUGCGAAAUGGGUUCAUGAUCAGUUUGAAGAAACAAUAUUUAAAAGCAAUGCCACAGAAGAAGAGAAGAAGAUAGCCCAGAAAAUGAUUACAGUUGCUUUUACUUGCAUACAGCUGAGCCCAAGUGAUCGCCCCUCAAUGAGCAGAGUAGUGGAGAUGCUUCAAGGAGAUGUUGAUGUCUCAGAGAUCUUCAGAGCAUAGUACGAGAGACAGUUCGAUUUUAACAUAAGAUGUGUAAACAAGUUCUUAUAAUUAGAAUCAGAGGUAGUAUAUAUCAAUCUAAGAAAUAUUGUAAACCUAACUCUAGAUCAUUUUCUUAUGGUUUGAAAAUUUUCACGCAUUAGUUUUG